GAAUGAGGUGAGCUCAGAAGCCCGUCAGACAGACGGAUACAAAGUAGCACAAGCUGUUCACAAACAUCGGGGAUACUGGAGUACCGACGGCAGGCUGCGGCCCGGGGAGGGGGGGAGGACGAAGGCAACUGUGACCCUAGAACCUUAACUUCCACCCGCAAAGAAUUUACCAAGAAAGAAAAUAUCGUUUUUAUGUGAUUUCUGCACCGCCGCGCGCUUUAGAGAAGUGAACUGGAGAGAGCUCUUCGAUACGUUUUUCUCCUACAUUUCCAGAUUUAAAUGUUCAACUUCAUGGGUCUAAUAAACGGUACAGCGGCCAUCCAGACCAAUGUAUCCUGUACAUGUAACUGCAAACGCUCGACUUCAUUCCAAAGCAUGGAGAUCACCCAGUUGGAGUUUGUGCAGAUCCUGGUGAUCGUGGUGGUGAUGAUGGUGAUGGUGGUGGUGAUCACCUGCCUGCUCAACCACUACCGCCUGUCAGCACGCUCCUUCAUCUCCAGGCACAGCCAGGCUCGCAGGCGCCACCUACCACUGGCCUCAGAUGGGAGUCUGUGGUCCUCAGAUGGCCCAGGGUCCACCAGUGGAAUGAGCGAGCAGCAGGUGUACACCCCCCGGCCCCCGGACCGCGGCCCCUCCUACCUGCAGAGGGAGCGUCUGGCCCGCUUCCAGCCCACCUACCCCUACCUGCCCCAUGCCAUCAUUGACCUGCCGCCCACCAUAUCGCUGUCGGACGGCGAGGAGCCCCCGCCCUACCAGGGCCCCUGCACCCUGCAGCUUCGCGACCCCGAGCAGCAGCUGGAGCUUAACAGGGAGUCGGUGCGCGCGCCCCCCAACCGCACUGUCUACGACAGCCACCUCCUCGAUACCUCCCUGUGCCCGCCGCCCAGCCUCAAUGCAGGAGUCAGUGCUACCACUGUAGCCACAUCCGCACAGGCCUACUCCAGCCGAGUGGAAGGGGCGCCGCCGACUUAUAGUGAGGUUAUAGGGCACUACUACCACCCCUCUUCCCUGCCCAGGCACCACCACCAGACUUCUAGUGGCAGUGGGGGCAUGGGGGGCGGAUGCGGGUUAGGAAGCCCGGGUCCCUCGCUGCUCCACGGGAUACUCCAGCAGGYCCACCUGGGCAGCUUGGAGAGCAGGAACGCACGCAACAAAAAGGAGAAGCAGAAGCCUCGGCAAGUGUGACGGCAGUGUUGGUGUCGGCUGUUUAUUUCUUUCUCUGCGCACUUCAGCUGAACUGUUGGUGUCAGGCAGGGUUGGGGAGGGGAGGUCGACAUGGGGUGGCAGGGGGAGGCAGACGUAAAAAAAAGAAAUGCCUCCCCUCUGAACUUUACCCCCCCGGUCACCGUCUUAACUGACAACCGUCGCCCCUGACUUACUUUGUAUAAAUAUUUACUUGUUCUUUGUUGUCUCUGUGCUUACAGCUUUUUUUCUAUACUGACAAAUGCGAAAACAAAAAAAGAGUUACAUUUUUUAUUUUAUUUUGUAUUUAGGUUUAUUUUGUUUUUGUAUGCCUUUUGCAUCAUUUCUAGUCACUUAUCUCCUUGUAGUUUAUCCUUAGUUGCUCCGAGAGUCUUUUAGAAUGACCAGGUCUUCCUUUUUUAGAUGCAGAUGGCUCUUAGUGAGCCGCCACCUAACCCCGUCUGGCUUUGUGUACUGUCCGUGUACAGGCUUGUACAGUGCAUUGAUAGCAACCUUGUAUCAGGUUGCCAGAUUCAGGCUCUCACGGGUUGCCAGAUUGAAGCUCAUAUGUUAGCCCUAGUUAGCCUCAGCUCAUGACCCAGUUAGCCACAGUGCCAACACCCCCGUCGCUCAUCAAUCCACAUCAAAGGGUGAGUAAGUUUAGCGAUGUGGUGGUCAGCGUUGGCAUCCAUGGAAACACAUGAUUGACAGCUGACUGGGUCUAUGUGGUGGUCAGCGUUGGCAUCCAUGGAAACACAUGAUUGACAGCUGACUGGGUCUGUGUAUCAACAUGAGCACUGGAAUAGAGAGUCCUUUGAGGUCAAUUGAGUACAGUACUUUGCCCACUGUAGUGCUUUAUGGCUGUCUUGCUGUACUAUCUGGACCCAUCUGAGUUUAGUACUGUACUUUGGGUCUUGUCCAGUCGAUUUUAGUACUGUCUUUGGGUCUUUGGACAGACAAGUUCAGGAGUUCCCGUGUGCAAAUGCUCUUCAUUUUUUUUCUGGAUAUUUUUUAAAGAGAUGUUUGCACAAGAUUCAAGACUGUUUAUCUGGAGAAAAAGAAAAGAAGUCUGCAAUAUGUAUCAUAAGAGAGGAGAGUGUGGGCAGGGGUAUUUUUGUAAACAUGGAUUCUAAAGAGAAAAAUACAUUUUUGUUUUUUAUUUUUUGUCUGCUCUAGAAAUAAAAGUGAAAACGGUCAUCUGUUGGGGUGCCAACUCAAA